UCCGUUCUUGGGUCGUCACUUGCUCAUCUUCGCUUCUCCCCGCCAAUUUCAUUCCUGGCGUCUCGUUGGUCCCAGAAAUGCAGAUGCCUGUCUUGAUCUCACUAUCUUCUCGCCCUCUCGAUCGGAGAGACUAGGAUCCGUGUAGGAAGUGGAGUGAAAGAGAUUAAGGCGGCGCGCACGAAUGGCGUUCAUGGCAGUUCUUGAAUCUGACCUGCGCGCUCUUUCCGCGGAAGCCCGCCGAAGGCAUCCGGCUGUGAAGGAUGCCGCUGAGCACGCCAUUUUGAAGCUUCGUACGUUGUCGAAGCCUAGUGAUAUUGCACAGAACGAGGACGUACUGAGAAUCUUUCUUAUGGCAUGUGAGGUCAAGACUGUCAAGCUAAGCGUAAUUGGGCUGUCGUGCUUGCAAAAGCUGAUUUCACAUGAUGCUGUUGCACAAUCAGCUCUGAAGGAGAUAUUAGCUACAUUGAAAGAUCAUUCUGAAAUGGCAGAUGAUAAUGUUCAGCUCAAAACAUUGCAAACUAUACUGAUAAUAUUUCAGUCAAAUUUACAUCCGAAAAAUGAGGAUGAUAUGUGUCAAUCACUUGGAAUCAUUCUCAGACUGCUUGAGAAUAAUCGUUCCCCAGACAGUGUGCGCAACACUGCAGCUGCUACAUUCAGACAAGCCUCUGCUUUGGUUUUCGAUCAUGUCAUUCAUGCAGAGUCCCUUCCAGCUGGUAAGUCAGGUUUGGGCAGCCAUGUUUCCCGGACCAAUUCUGUCUCAGGCGAUGUCAAUCGCAGUAUCCAUAACUCAGUGUCAUUGGAUAGCAAUAUUAUUUCCAGCUUGCAACCAGCUUCACAAGAGAGUCUAACGGGAGAAGGUAGACUUGGCCUUCAAUUACUAGAGGACCUGACAGCACUUGCGGCAGGUGGAUCUGGAUUGUGGCUGCGAGUCAGUUCUGUUCAGCGGGGAUUUGCACUUGAUAUAUUGGAGUUCAUCCUAUCAAACUAUGUUGCAAUAUUCAGGUUUCUCAUUCCCUAUGAACAGGUCUUGCGCCAUCAGAUAUGCUCACUUCUUAUGACCUCUCUCCGUACUAAUGUUGAGUUUGAAGGUGAAGCUGGAGAACCGUAUUUCCGUCGUUUGGUCUUACGAUCAGUUGCACAUGUUGUCAGGCUCUAUAGUUCAUCACUUAUCACAGAGUGUGAGGUUUUUCUCAAUAUGUUGGUGAAGUCGACAUCUAUGGAUUUGCCAUUAUGGCACCGGAUUCUUGUCCUUGAAAUUUUGAGGGGUUUUUGUGUGGAAGCACGCACCUUGCGCCUUCUUUUCCAAAAUUUUGAUAUGAACCCUAAAAACACCAACGUUGUGGAGGGCAUGGUUAGGGCAUUGGCUCGGGUUGUUUCAAGUAUACAGAUUCCAGAAACAAGUGAAGAGAGUCUUGCAGCUGUUGCUGGGAUGUUUAACAGUAAAGCUAAAGGGGUUGAGUGGAGUCUUGAAAAUGAUGCUUCUAAUGCAGCAGUUGUGGUCGCUAGUGAAGCUCAUGCAAUCACCUUGGCUGUUGAAGGACUAUUAGGAGUUGUUUUUACAGUAGCUACUUUGACAGAUGAAGCUGUGGAUAUUGGUGAACUUGAGUCCCCAAGAUGUGAAAGUGAUCCACCAAUUAAAUGGAUGGGGCAAACUGCAAACCUAUCAAUGGCUAUGGUCGACUCUUUGUGGUUGAUCAUCUUGGAUGCUCUCUCCCUAAUAUUGAUGAGAUCACAAGGAGAAGCUAUUAUAUUGGAAAUUCUAAAGGGAUAUCAAGCGUUUACUCAGGCAUGUGGAGUUCUUCGUACUGUAGAACCUCUAAACUCUUUUCUUGCAUCUCUCUGCAAAUUUACUAUCAAUUUUCCUGAUGAUUAUGAAAAGAAAAGUGUGUUGCUGUCACCUGGAUCAAGGCGGCUUGAACACAUAUCUGAUCAACGAGAUAGCAUUGUACUCACCACGAAGAAUGUUCAGGCUUUGAGGACCCUAUUCAACAUUGCUCACAGGCUACAUAAUGUGUUGGGGCCAUCGUGGAUUCUGGUUUUGGAGACACUAGCAGCUUUGGAUCGUGCAAUUCAUUCUCCUCAUGCCACUACUCAGGAAGUCCCUACAAUGGUUUCAAGGCUUACAAGAGACAGCUCUAGUCAGUAUACAGAUUUCAACAUCUUGUCUUCAUUGAAUUCUCAGCUGUUCGAGAGCUCUGCAAUGAUGCAUAUAUCUGCGGUCAAGUCUCUCCUUUCUGCAUUAAGAAAUCUGUCUAAUCAACACUGUGUUGGGCGGACUCAUGCUUCUGGGCAAGCAUCAGUGUCACCUCAAACUUCUGGGACAAAUGCUUUUGUCGGAUCAGCUCAGCAGAUUGGAAGCAUCACAUUUUCUGUUGAACGAAUGAUAGCUAUACUCAAAAGCAACCUGCACCGUGUGGAGCCCUUGUGGGACCUUGUUUCUGGUCAUCUCCUUGAGCUUGCAGAGAACCCAAAUAUGCAGAUUCGAAAUAUAGCCCUUGAUGCUCUUGACCAGUCGGUCUGUGCUGUACUAGGCUCUGAUCAAUUUCAUGACCUAACCCUCUCCAUGCAGCCAUUAGAAAUUAAUCAAAUUGAGGUUGCUGAUAGAGAGUCAGAAUCAUUCGAGUGGGCUAUCAUUUCUCCAUUGAAGGUUCUUUAUUCAUCUACCCAAAUACAUGAUGUUCGCAUUGGUGCAACAAAAAUUCUGUUACAUGUUUUAGAGAGACAUGGAGAGAAAUUACAUCACAGUUGGCAAGGAAUCCUUGAAAUGCUGAGGUCAAUUGUUGAUUCUUCUGAAAAAGAUCUUAUUCCACUGGGCUUCCAAUGUGUCCGUGUUAUUAUGAAUGAUGGUCUUUCAACAAUUCCACCACCUUGCCUGCAUAUGUGUAUUGAAGUUACAGGUGCAUAUGUUGCACAGAAGACAGAGAUAAAUAUCAGUUUGACAGCCAUUGGUCUUCUCUGGACUGCAACUGAUUUCAUCGCCAAGGUGUUAUGGGGUACCAAGGAAGGACUCAGUCACCUGCAACUAGGAGGGGAUAAAAUUGAUGAAGAAUCACACACAGAACAUUUUGCAAUUGAUGUUCAAGGGAAAGAUGAGCAUCCCAUAACUAGAACUCGUGAUGUUUAUGAGCAAUCUCUGCCGAUGGUGGAUAAAGGUCAUUGUGACAAACUUCUGUUUUUGGUGUUCUCAAUACUCCAAAAGCUAGGAACAGAUGAAAGGCCAGAGGUGAGGAACUCUGCAAUUCGGACCCUCUUCCAAACCCUCAGCAGUCAUGGGCAAAAACUGUCGAGAAGCAUGUGGGAGGAUUGCCUUUGGAACUAUGUCUUCCCUAUUUUAAACAGUGUUGCCUGUUUGGCAGCUAGCUCUUCUAGAGAUGAGUGGCAGGGAAAGGAACUAGGAACAAGAGGAGGGAAAGCUGUUCACAUGCUUAUACAUCACAGUCGUAAUACCGCACAGAAACAAUGGGAUGAGACAAUUGUCCUAGUAUUAGGUGGAAUAACUCGCAUUCUUCGCUCAUUCUUCCCAUUCCUUCUGACGCUGAACAACUUCUGGAAUGGUUGGGAGUCUGUGCUUCUUUUUGUUAGAAACUGCAUUUCAAAUGGUAGUAAGGAGGUUGCUGUUGCUGCUAUAAAUUGCUUGCAAACAACUGCUCUCUGUCAUGGCUCAAAGGGAAGUCUGCCAGAGGCUUACAUGAAAUCUAUAUUUGAUGUUUAUGAACUCAUUCUGCAACAUUCACCGAACUCCAGAGAUGCAGUUGUCAUCAAGGUGAAACAGGAGAUAUUGCAUAGCCUUGGUGAUUUUUAUGAUCAAGCAAAUUUGAUGUUUGAUGAUGCUAUGUACUCAAGAUUGCUGGGGAUUCUGCAUCUUGCUGUUAAAUAUUCAAAAAGUGCCAGGGUUGAUGAGGAAGCAGAUCCUGAUAUCAGUCCAAUUCAACGAACUAUAUUAGAAAUGCUUCCCUUGUUGAAACCUGGGCCACAUCUGUCUACAAUGUGGUCGCUUCUUUUCCAGCAGUUAUUCUGUUAUCUUCCAGGAUUCAAGCCCCCGCCACUGGAGGUGGAUGAUUGUAAUGUGCAGAAAGAAAAUCCCAAGCAUGAAACUGAAGACUAUAGCAAGCAUAGCUCCUCUUCAGGAACUAAUAUUCCAGAUGAUCCUAGAAAUCUGCCUGAUGGAAAAUUAACAUCCCCAAAGCAUGAAAAUUCUAGUGGUGGUUGUAUUGCUCUGCAAUCUAAAUCAGAAGUUCAGUCUCCACAUUAUGGAUCAUUCACUGGCAAGCUUACAACGUUGAGCAUUUCAAGUAAAUUUGCAGAGAAGCUUCUUCCUGUUCUUGUGGGUCUUUUCCUUCAUGCUCCAAAAGCAGAAAAAUUGCAUAUUUUACCAGAAAUUAUUCAAGGUCUUGGAAGGUGUAUGAUCACAAGAAGGGAUCAUCCAGAUGGCACGAUUUGGAGACAAGCUGUUGAAGGAAUGAACCGUGUAAUUACAGAUGAUGUUGAUACAUUGCAAGACGACCAAAAGUCAGAUCCAGAAAUAAGCAGGCCUACCAGGACACGGUUCUGGAAAGAGGUUGCAGAUGUCUAUGAAUUGUUUCUCGUGGGGUCAUGUGGACGGGCAUUUCCAUCUGGAGUUUGUUCGUCUACAGCCCUUAUUGCAGAUGAGAAACUUGAAAUGGCUGUUUUAGAUGUUUUGAGUGAUAAGAUUCUCAAGUCAAAUGUUGAUGCUCCACCCGAGAUAUUACAGCGACUAGUUUCAACACUGGACCGUUGUGCAUCCCGGACUGCUUCUCUGCCUCUUGAAAGUGUAGGACUCUUGCCGUUGCAUUGCAGCAGAUUUUCAUUAGCUUGCUUGCAAAAGAUUUUCUCAGCAUGCAGCUAUGAACAAGGUGACGAGUGGUCUUCUUCAAGAUUUGAAGUCAGUAAAGUUGCUGCAAUGAUAAUCAUUGGAAGAUGCGAAUUUAUCCUAGAACGGUUUUUGAUCGAUGAAAAUGACUUGGGUGAGUUGCCUCUUCCAUCUGUUAGAAUCCAGGAAGCGCUUUUUGUCCUCAAGGAGCUUGCCCACCUCGUUCUCCAUCCUACUACAGCUGCUCUUCUUCCUUUACAACAACCGGCAAAAGAAGCAUUCCUCAAACGCAACGCUGCCUACAGUCGCAGCCACCUUCCCAUUCUCUUCCCGUCCUUGUGCGAUAUUGUAAUUACCAGGGAAGCACGAGUGAGGGAACUGGUUCAGGUGUUGCUACGACUCAUCGCUAUCGAAUUGGGCUUGCAGAAAGGGAGCGUCGUAGAUUAGAGCAUCAGAUCAUUUACGUUCCGGUUGAUCUCCCAAUCAGCGGAUAGAAAAACAUAGCCCUACUUGGCGUGAGAGGAUCAUCCACACCCACAGUAUCAAAUUGAGUCUUGUUGUAUUUUGUAUUCUUUUCGUUUUCCUUUUAUUUUUUCCCCAGCGCAUGUAUCUUUUGUAUAUUUGAUCAGCACGCUCCACUUUCGCGAGCUCAUUUUGCUGUUUCAAGUAUCAAUAGGCAAAAAGCUUCUCAAGUA